AUGUUUACUGAAAUUUCUGAAAAUACUAUCUCUUCAGAAAAUAAUAUCUUUAAUUCAGAAACUGAACAAGAAGAAAUAUCUAUUAAUUCUAAUAGAUUAAGUGAUUAUAUUGCUCAAAAUAUAUCACUUCAUGAACGAAUUAAAAAAUUAAAAGAGACAAUUAAAUAUAUUAAAGAUAUUGAAAAAGAUACUUGUAAAAAGUGUAAAGAAUUACAAUUUUUAAAAGAUUAUGAUAUCUUUAAAGAAGUUUGUUCUUUUAAAAAUUGUAAAAAACUAAAAAUUUACAAAGAAUUGAAGGAUAUUAACAAUAAAUUAACAAAGAAUUUUGAUAAUUAUUGUGAGCAUAGACUCUGUCAAUGGUGUGCUUUAAAAUUUUCAAUUCGAUUUAAU